AUCCAACACGCCAGCACUGCUAACGGAGACAAAUGGUUAGCUUGCUAACUGCAGAGAAACGGUGACGAAUAUCAGUUGGGUCAUGUAAUCAUGGGAUCAGGCGCAUUUCCUGCUGUUAAUUUGCUUUCUGAUUGUUUUGAAAGACGAUAGAUUGUAAGGUAACGUGUUAACUAAAGGAAACCCCCUCUCAAAGUUGUACUUUUGUCGGCGAAAGAGUUGUUAAACUAAACCAAAAAAUAGUUUGAUCGCGACCUGCAAGAGCUGAGAUUUCUUUUUUUUAAUCGUCUUUGAGAGAAAAGGCGAAUGCUCGUAACUGAAGAGUAAACAAGACAGUGAUGACCUCAAGCAAAAAUUCAAUUCUCAAAGAUGUUGUUGCCUAUGUUGAUGCUUGGUCUUAUGAUAAAAGAGCAAACUAUUCAAAUGCUUACAUUCCUCAGCUGGAGGAAAUGGGAGCUGAGGUGGCGAAAAGGUUUAAUAAACGAGUCACACAUGUUGUAUUCAGCAAUGGACAUCAAGCUACAUGGAGGAAAGCUAAGAAGAUGGAUGUUCAACUUGUGUCUCUUCUCUGGGUUGGAAGGUGUUAUGAAGACGGUGUACGUGUGGAUGAAAAGUUAUUUCCAGCUUUAAACGAUGACAAAAAUCCUGUGGCGAAAAACAGGCGGCAUCGCUGCAUGCUGCCAAAAGAUUCUCCAAAAGUGACGACUGAAAAUAAUUGGCGUUUGAAGAAGAAAUUUGAAAAAAUGGUGAAAGAUUUGCCUCUGUUAGAAUCUCCGGUUGUAACAACGUCACCAGUCAUCAUUGAUCAUGAGAAUUUAAUAAUCUACAGCCCUGGUUUGAAAAGAUCCGAGUACAUGGCACAGCGCCUCAAAGACAUGAAAGACCAACGGGAAAACAUUUCGCCCACAGCGUCAGAAAUUGCCGAUCCCUGCUCACCCACCGGCCUGAAGCCUUCUCUUGGAAGCACACCAACUUUCCUCGAAUUUAACUCGGAUGACGAGCCUGACGACGAUUCUGUUUCUGAACCCGGCGGCUCACCUGCUGAGAAAGAAGAAAGAACGUCUGAAGCCGAAGACCACGGUCGGCCUGGGCGGGACCCUACAAAGCCUUGGCUCUCACCCUGCCACGAUGUGCCAAAACCGAGUUCUGGCUCGUCUGCGUGCCUCGGCCUUGACGACCAAGAAGAUAAAGAGGCGAAAGAGCAAACACGGGCGAGACGAACGUCAGUAAGAAAAAAAGCAGCAGGGACGAUUAGAUCUGGAGACUUUUCACAGAGUCCUGUUCAGGACCCUGCUGGCAAAAGCAGAAAGCCCAGACAAGAAAGAAGGCAGUCCUGUGUGGAAGCAGCUGAGGAGUCUGAAAACGAAAAGGCAAAAAUCACUGUGGAAAAUCCAUGUGCAGACACUGAACCCCAACUUCCCCCAAAGGCCCUGAAGUCUUUAGCUUUCCUUUCGUCAUCAACAAGCAUCGCUAGCGCUGAAACUAAAAUGUCUAAUGAAAGUUCCCCGGCAAAGAAACCUGAAAUGAGAACGCCCAAACGAGCCAGCUUGUCAAUUACUUCCUUAGUGCAAUCUUUCACUCUAUCGAGCGGAAGUAAAAACAUUGCUUCAAGUUCCACUAAUGGAGAUAAUGAUGUUUUUGAGGACUAUUUCUCUCCCUCUAAUCACAAAAGGCCCGGUUUGCCCUAUCUAGCUGUGAAGCGCAAAACUGAAUUGCCUUUUGAGUUGGACCCUCUUCCCAAGAAGAGAAAAACCCGAAAGGAAUCCCUCGGAUCCGCAAAGAAAAAAGUGAAUGUGAAAGAUUGUGAAAAACCUCUUAAUCAUGAGUCUGGUGGAAGUGGGGGGGUUGUUCAAGGAGAUCUUCAAAACCUCCCCCCAGUGUUUAAUAAUCCUGCUGGUAAUGUGAAACAAGCCUCUCUGGAUUCUUCAAGCACCGGUAAAACUCCUGAAGAUGAAGGAGAAAAGGAAAAAUCAGGAAAUCCACCCUUAGAAUCGAAGGACAUCGCAAAUCCAGAGCAGCAGGAAAACUCUGAUUUCAGUACAAGUUGUCGUAGCUCUGAAAGUGGAGGAAAUGAACGCACCGUCACAGCUGGUUUCACAGAGAUCGCCUCCGUCGCUGAAGAAAAUCACAAUAAGCAAGCCGGCUUGAGUCUUCAGAAGAUGGUUAACACAACAAAGGCUCCAAGGACACUUGUCAUGACCAGCAUGCCUACUGAGAAGCAGCAGACUGUGGUGCAGGUGGUAAAAGCUCUGGGUGGUUUUUCAAUCGUCGACAGAGUAUGUGAAAACACAACUCAUGUAGUGUCUGGGGGACACAGACGCACUCUGAACAUCCUGUUGGGCAUAGCACGUGGCUGCUGGAUCCUGUCUUUUGAAUGGAUUCUGUGGUGUUUGGAGCAAAGGCAGUGGAUUCCAGAGGAGCCAUAUGAGCUUUCAGACCAAUUUCCUGCUGCGCAGAUCUGCCGUCUCCAGAGGCACCUUUCUGCAGGGGAGCACCAGCAGGACCUGUUCCAAGACCAGCCAGCCAUGUUUGUGUCGCAGCGCUCCCAGCCACCCACUCAGAGUCUGGUGGAGCUGAUUGAGCUGUGUGGAGGCACGGCCUGCAAAACGGUUCGACAAGCAGGUAUCUGCAUAGGAAAGUACAGUGGCAGGAGGCCUGAGGGAUGCAGAAUCCUGUCUGAGCAGUGGGUUCUGGAUAGUAUAACUAAUCUGAAGAUCCUGCCCUAUGACGACUAUGACUUGGAAUGAUGACCAGUUGUUUUGGGGUUUUGUUCAGUAUUAUUCAUUUUGCUGAGCACUGACAGAUUACACAGCUUGUGCUCAGCAAAACCAAGCCCUUCUCCUCUUUUCUUGUUUACUUUCAUGAUUUGUAAAUGUAUUCCUAAAGUUCAUAUAAAUACAAUCAAAAAUGUGUUUUCCUUUCAAAAACUUUAUGCCUAUGGCAAACAGUUAUCUGCAUCAUCAUCCAGUCUAGUAUUUCCUGUUACUGUGAAACCUGACAAACUGCCUCUGCAAGCUUUACGAUGGUCCCUUACUGGUGUUUACGUGUUUACAUUUUGGAGAAACCACUACAGAAGCUGUUUGGAUAUUACAUGUGAUUUUUAAAAAGACUUACUGAGCCAGUUCAUCAGAAAACGUGGUAGAAAUGUUUUGUCGUGUCAUUUUUAAUAAAUAAUUUUUUUAGGUGA